GCUUAUUGCUUUAGUACAACUCUCUGUCACCACAGAGUGCAUGAGUGUUUGCGAUGGGUUUAAUAGGAAAGUUGCUUAUUCCUCUGUUUGGCGUGGUGCUGAUAUGUGGAGUAGUGUGUGGAUCCGACCUCAACUACGACGACAUUAAUGCAUUGCCAACGGACGAGAAACGUCGCAUCAUUCGCGAGCUGUUGCGUGCCCAACGUGACAUCCGCAGUGCCCUGCUCAAGAUUCACUACAGCCUGAACGGCGAGGAGUUCGAUGCAGACGGCAAGGAGGAACCGUACUGGCAGGGAUGCUGGGAUAAGGAUCUAGCUGGCUAUAGGAAUUCGAUAGAGACGAAGAUCAGUGCACUGACCAGUGGUCUAAAGCAGGCCCAUCAUCUGAUGGAUGAAGUGAAUGAGCGCGUCAAACCACACUGGUACGGUCCGUACAAACCAGGUGGUGGUUCGUACGGUGAGUAUGGUCCACCAGGAUAUGGUCCACCAGAAUAUGGUCCUCCAGAAUAUGGUCCACCAGAAUAUGGUCCACCAAGUUAUGGACCAGAAGGAGGGUACAGACCAGAUAAACCAUCGCACCCACCAACUACCAGCUAUCGACCGCCCACGGAAUCGUAUGGCUCCGGAGGUGAUGAUGAUGAUGAUUAUUACGGGCGAAGUCGUCCCGCAGUUGGAAAUCGCCGCUACGGAAGGGAACUGGACUUGUCCAAGCAGGCGGAGGUGAACGACGAUAAACCUGUGGAUCCGAUCGAGGAGAGCGCAGUAGUCAAUGCACUAGAUCAGCUGCCUGAUGAGAAACAGUAAGGAACACG